ACUACAAGCAAGAAAGGAGGGGAGAACCAGGUCAGUUCAAGGCCACUGGGAGAACUGUCCUGCACCGCCUGCCUCUGAAGCCCAUGAUGUUUCUGCUUUGUGGGACGGUUCUUCAGGUGCCUGCUUCCCCAGGCCUUCCCCUGUGCUGUCUCUCCUGCACACACCAUCUGACUGUCCUCCCAGCACAUACACCUCCAGAUGCUUGGGUUGCCCUGACCCAAAACAGUCUUCUCUCCCGGCCAAGCCAAUUGCCCCUGGGAUUUUCUGCUCCUCCAAGAUCCAGCGCAUAGCCCUGGUGGUGGCUCAUGCCAGUACAAUCCUUGGUUACUCCGAUACUGAGGCAGCAGGAUCGCUUGAGGCCAAGGAGUUCAAGACUCUCCCAAAUAUUUUUAAAUGAAAUUAAAAGAAAGAUCCAGCCCAAGUGCCUCUUCUCCCUUACUGACUCCCACACUCUUAUAACAGAUGACCUCACAGCACUGGGCGCACGGCUCUGGUGUCCAGCAGGCAAGGAAUUAAUUAAGCCUUGCCUGUCCUGGCCGGUUGGCUUACCUCUCUCUUGUCAGAAUGCAACCUGGCUUUGUGCACCUAGAUGUCCCCAGCGCCCAGUUCUAAGCCAGGCACGUCAAAUGUCAAGGAAUUGACUGAACUAAGAGCUCCUGGAUGGGUCCGGGAACUCGCCCGGGCACACGGUGCCAAAAGGCAGGCAGCCCGCCCCGCGGACUGGGUAAAGAACCGACAGGCGGCCGCGGUGAGCGCCCGGGCGCCCGACAGGUGGCGCCGCAGCCCCGGGCCCGGGCCCUCUCGGCGCGCGGUCACGCAGCCCCUCUUCCUUCCGCCGGCUCCGGACUCACAGUGAGCCCUGCGCGCGUCUCUUACUCGGGUCUGUGCCCCGCGUCGCGCUGGGCGCCAUGGCGCUCCCCGGCGCCCGGGCCCGUGGCUGGGCGGCAGCAGCCAGAGCGGCCCAGAGGCGCCGCCGCGUGGAGGGCGCAGGAGGGUCCCCGAGUCCUGAGCCUGCGGGCCGGCGCGCGGCGCUUUACGUACACUGGCCUUACUGCGAGAAGCGCUGCAGUUACUGUAACUUCAACAAGUACAUCCCUCGCGGCGUAGAGGAGGCUGCCAUGCAGAAGUGUCUGGUGACCGAAGCGCAGACGCUGCUGCGGCUCAGCGGGGUGCAACGGGUGGAGUCUGUGUUCUUUGGUGGGGGGACUCCCAGUCUAGCCAGUCCCCACACGGUGGCUGCUGUCCUGGAGGCUGUGGCACAGACAGCCCACCUGCCUGCAGACUCGGAAGUCACAUUGGAGGCUAAUCCCACUUCAACUCCAGGCUCCAGACUGGCAGAGUUUGGGGCAGCAGGGGUCAACAGGUUGUCCAUAGGCCUCCAGUCCCUAGAUAACACUGAGCUCCGGCUGCUGGGACGGACGCACUCAGCCCGCGAUGCUCUGUGGACGCUGGCAGAGGCCCGGCGCCUCUUUCCCGGGCGCGUGUCUGUGGACUUCAUGCUGGGGCUGCCGGCCCAGGAGGUGGGGCCGUGGCUUGGGCAGCUACAGGAACUGCUGCACCACUGUGACGACCACCUCUCCCUCUACCAGCUGUCCCUGGAGCGGGGCACCGCACUCUUCGCCCAGGUGCAGCAGGGUGUCCUUCCAGCCCCUGACCCGGAGCUCGCAGCUGAGAUGUACCAGAGGGGCCGGGCUGUCCUUCGGGAGGCUGGCUUCCGCCAGUAUGAGGUCUCCAACUUUGCCCGGAAUGGGGCGCUCAGUACCCACAAUUGGACUUACUGGCAGUGUGGUCAGUACCUUGGCAUUGGGCCUGGGGCCCAUGGGCGAUUUAUGCCCCAGGGGGCUGGAAGCCACACCCGGGAGGCUCGAAUCCAGACACUGGAGCCUGACAACUGGAUGAAGGAGGUGAUGAUGUUCGGCCAUGGCACCCGGAAGCGUGUUCCCCUGGGCAGGCUGGAGCUGCUGGAGGAAGUUUUGGCCCUGGGUUUACGCACCGAUGUGGGGAUCACUCACCAGCACUGGCAGCAGUUUGAGCCCCAGCUGACCCUGUGUGAUGUGUUUGGAGCAAACAAGGAGGUGCAGGAGCUGCUGGAGCAGGGCCUACUGCAGCUGGAUCACAGGGGUCUUCGGUGUUCCUGGGAGGGUCUGGCUGUGCUGGACUCUCUCUUGCUGACCCUCCUGCCUCAGCUCCAAGAGGCCUGGCAGCAGAGAACCCCCUCCCCUGUGCCAGGAGGAUGACCAAAUGUUCGUGUGUUCCAGGGUAACGCCAGGUGGGUUUUGAGAGCUGGGUUGGUACUUCAGAUAUCUGUUCUCCAUUGUCAGGUGCCAUCUCUGCUCCAUGUGGUCAUUGUCCCCUGGCAUCCCCAGGGGAAUGGCAGCAGUGAGGUAGAUGGGAGGACAUUUCUGGUCGGGGAACUGGCAUCCCAUUCAGCAUCUCAGGACUCACAGGCCAGCAUGUGUUCCAUGGCUGGGAAUUGCUUACCACCCACAUCAGCUUCUGUUUACCUUUUUGGCAUUAAAUAAUGAACAGUGUUUGGAAAUCUUUCUACAGGAAAUUACCUCCCCAAGAGAAGCCUUCCUUACUUUGGAGUAAGGUCCUACGACAGCUGGAUGAGUCAGGAAAACCAUGUCCCCUCUAGGUAUUAUUAAUAUAAGCAGGAAGGGAUCUACUAUAGGAAUGAAGUAUUUAUAAAACCACUGAAAGGGAUAGAGAAGUGAAAAUUGGAGAAAACCUGUAGCAACUGUCAGAAAUCAGCAACGUGCAGGAGGCACAGAAAACUCCUGCUGAUGGUCUUAGCUUCCAGCUGCACAAAAGCAGAUGAUGUACAGGAAAAUGCUCAGAAGAUGCUCCAAAACUCAUGCCUACUGUCUGCUAUUGCUGGAAAAGGAAUCAUGGUUUCUAGAAGUGCCUCUCAUUAGUGGACUUUAAAGCAAAUCUUGGCUGGCAGGAAAUUCUGAGGAAUAUAGUUCUUAGGCUUCCAGCCUCUACCAUGCAGGAGAGAACACAGAAGGACUGAUGUAUGUUGGUGGAUCCAUGGAUCCACAUGGAUGUGUCCAGCACAGUGGCCUGCUGGACUCUGAGAACUGGAAAAGAUCAGAGCAAGCCUUGCCUCUUCAGGAAACCAGAAUAAGUUUGGGGUGGUAGGAGCCACACAGACUCUCCUGAGUCCCCUCACCCACUUCCUUCCCCCUGUGCCUUUCCUUUGAGAGUGAAGAUGGGUGGAGUUGCCCAAAGAAAGGGGAGAGAAUUCGGGAAAGACCCAAAGUGUUUGUAAUUCUCCUUUGUCCUUUUACCUACAGAAAUGGUCACAUGGUUCUAUUCAAUAGCCUAAUAAACACAUCUGGAGCCUGCCUUGA